AUGAAAAUGAAGAGGAGGAUCCACCUGGAGCUGAGGAAUCGGACCCCAGCAGCUGUUCAAGAACUUGUCCUGGAUUGCAAAUCAAAUAAUGGAAAAAUUGAGGGCUUAAUAACUGAAUUUGUGAACUUAGAGUUCCUCAGUUUAAUAAAUGUAGGCUUGAUUUCUGUUUCAAAUUUCCCCAAACUGCCAAAAUUGAAAAAGCUUGAGCUCAGUGACACUAGAAUCUAUGCAUGUUUGGACGUGUUGGCAGAAAAACUUCCAAAUCUCAAACAUCUAAAUUUAAGUGGAAAUAAACUGAAAAAUAUCAGCACCUUGGAACCUUUGAAAAAGUUGGAAUGUCUGAAAAGCUUGGAUCUUUUUAACUGUGAAGUUACUAACCUGAAUGACUACCGAGAGAGUGUCUUCAAGCUCUUGCCCCAGCUGACCUACCUGGAUGGCUAUGACCAAGAGGAUGGAGAAGCUCCUGACUCAGAUGCUGAGGUGGAUGGUGUGGAUGAAGAAGAGCAUGAUGAAGAAGGAGAAGAUGAAGAGGAUGAGGAGGAUGAGAAUAGUGAGGAAGAAGAGUUUGAAGACAAAGAGGAUGACGAUGAAGAUGAAGACGCAGAAGAGGAUGAAGAUGACCUUAGUGCAGAGGAAGAAGAAUUUAGACAUGAUGGAGAAGUUGAUGAAGAUGAAGAUGAUGACGAUGACGAUGACGAUGAGGAUGAAGAGGAGGAAGAAAACGGGAAAGGUGAAAAGAGGAAGAGAGAAACAGAUGAUGAAGGAGAAGAUAAUUAA